AACAAAAAAUCAGCAAUUUCCCUUAUAUUAGAACCGAGCAAUGGGCAUUUUCGACGAACUCCGAGCAGCCGCCGGCAGGCUUUUUAACCGGAAAAUUCAGAAGCAACCGUCAAACGCGUACGCUUCAGAAGGUCGGUACGGUGCCGCCGGUAUUACACCGGCUGUUUCCAAAAUAGGAAGUCCGGUUAAGUACGAAGGCCCUCAGAAAACCGAUGAGUACGUUUUUUACCCCGACGGCCGGGAAAAGAUCGGCCGGAUUCUCUCAAAGCUAAGCAAAUUUGCUCUUGUCUCUGCUGUAGACGAAUCUCUCAAAACCGUUGCCGGCAGCAGUAAAAUUAUGAAGGAGGGAUUAAAGGAUAAAUUGCCUUCACGUCCUUCCAGUAGAGCUGAGAAACAAGAUGUUACUGCUGUGAUGGAGGAGAUGCAAGCAAAGAUGGAGAAACUUCAGGAUGACAUGAAUAACACGAAGCAGCAAAAUGAGGUAUCAACUAAAUGCAUCACGGGGUUGGAUUCCUUUGAGUUCUCUGAUGAGCCAAUCAAGAGUUCGACGCCUUUAAAAUCUAAUAGAAAAAAGGUUUUCAUUCGCUCUCAGCUGUAAAAAAAAGCAGGAAAUCUUGGCUCGGGAUCUGCAAAGUUCAUCUUUCGGAAUAUUGCAUUGCUGCUUCUGUAACGUUUUUGGGGAAUUCAAGCAAUCUAGUUGUAUAAUAGUAUAUAUAUAUAUAUAUAUAUAUAAAUGUUAAAUACAAUAUUGAUCAAUCAAACAUGCUUUUUAUGUGUUUUGAAUACCAAACUUACACUCAUUGUCUCCCAGCC